UCAAAUUCUAGAAAAACGCCAUCGUUUUUAAAGCUUUUCACUGGCAGCUGGCUGCAAUAGCAUACUCCGCGCCCAAACCCAGGAACCCUUUAACUCCCGCCCCCUCCAAGAAACCGAAUCAAGCCAAAGACGACGCCGUUUUCGCCGUCAGCACCACCAUGGUCCAAUUCCACGAGCUCAUAAUCGGAGACCUCCUGGAUGACCCGAACGGCGGACUGGUGGUCCUCUCCUCCGGCCUCUCUCUCCCCAAGCUGAUCUCCUCCCUCGUCCUCCUUCAUUCUUCCUCCCCCAUUCUCCCCUCCCGCACCGUCUCCGAACUCUCCGCCGACCUCCCCGCCCACAACCGCCUCUCCCUCUACGCCUCCAAUUCUGCCUUCUUCGUCACCCCCCGCAUCCUCACCGUUGACCUCCUCUCCCGCCGCCUCUCCCCCUCCCUCGUGUCCGCUCUCGUCGUCCCCUCCGCCCACUCCCUCUCCGAGUCCUCCCCCGACGCCUUCGCCGUUCGCCUCCUCCUCCACCGUGCCCUCUCCAUCUUCGCCUUCUCCGACCGCCCCCACUCCAUGGUCUCCGCCUUCGCCAAGGCCGAGCGCACCAUGAAGUGCCUCUAUGUCAAAAAGCUUCACCUCUGGCCCAGGUUCCACGUCAACGUUGCCGACGAACUCGAGAGGGACCCGCCGGUGGUUGUCGACGUUCGGGUUCCGAUGACGCGGGCCAUGGUGGGGAUCCAGAAGGCCGUUCUGGAGGUCAUGGACGCGUGUCUCAAGGAGAUGCGGAAGACCAACAAGGUCGACGUGGAGGAUCUCACGGUGGAGAAUGGGCUGUUCAAGUCAUUCGAUGAGAUCGUGAGGCACCAGCUCGACCCCAUCUGGCAUACCUUGGGGAAGAAGACCAAGCAGCUCGUUUCAGACUUGAAGACUCUGAGGAAGCUCUUGGAUUAUCUCGUUAGGUACGAUGCAGUGACUUAUUUGAAGUAUUUGGAUACACUGAGGGUGUCGGAGAGUUUUCGGUCGGUUUGGAUAUUUGCAGAGUCGAGCUAUAAGAUCUUUGAGUAUGCAAAGAAACGGGUUUAUCGUUUCGUGAGGUCUGAUGGUGUGAAACUAGUACAUGGGCAGGGUAAGAGUGUGACGGGCAAAAAGAGGAAAUCCAAGGGGGGUGACAAGAAUGAGGAAGAAGCAGCUGGUGGUGCUUCGUCGUCCAUAGCAGGUAGUGGGUUAGUUUUGGAGGAAGUCUUGGAGGAGGCACCAAAGUGGAAGUUGUUACGUGAGAUUCUUGAAGAGAUAGAAGAGGAAAGACAAAAGCAGGCUUUGUCAAGAGAAGAGCUUCUGGUUGAAGGUGAAGCGGAUGAUAGUGGUAUUGUUCUAGUGGCCUGCAAAGAUGAACACUCAUGCAUGCAACUUGAAGAAUGCAUCUUGAACAGUCCACAGAAGGUCAUGCGGGAAGAAUGGGAGAAGUACUUGCUGAGCAAAGUAGAGUUGCGUGACAUACAAACACGUUAUAAAAAGAAACCAAAGGAUCCUAAAGGUUUUGGGAUUCUCGAUGGAGUGGUCCCGAUAACACCUGCACAGAACACAGAAGCUAGCAACUGCAUAAACAAGCUGGAACGCGAUGCACUUAUGGCAGCUGCAUCAGAAAUAAGAAAUCAAGCCAAAAAGGACCAUAUUGUUGGAGAAGAUCCCCAGCCUCAUGAUGGCAUUGUAGGACAUAGAAAAGGAAAAGGAAAAGGAAAAGUAAGGAAUAAGAAAGGCGUGGCUAAUUUUCAGAGACAUCCAGGGAGUGAAAACAAUAAUCAUAUUAAGGAAGCAGCAAGAGAUGCUAAAGUUGAAAUUUCAAAUUCAGAAAAUGAUGGUGAAAAAGAUGAAAGCAAUCCAGUGGCUGCAGGUGGUUUUUGUGAAGCCGCAAGCCACACUGCCUCUGUAGACGAACCGAUUCUUCGGAAGCAUACCACUGAAGAGUCGAAUAGUACAGGAUCCAGAACUGCUAAGCCGCUGCCACCGGUGCAUUUUUAUGCCCUAGAAAGUGAUCAGCCUAUACUUGACAUUUUGAAGCCCUCUGUUAUUAUUGUUUAUCAUCCAGACAUGACUUUUGUCAGGGAAAUUGAAGUCUACAAAGCUGAGAAUCCGUCAAAGAAGUUGAAAGUUUACUUUCUCUUCUAUGAAGAUUCUACUGAAGUACAAAAGUUUGAGGCUAGUAUACGCAGGGAGAAUGGUGCUUUUGAGUCUCUGAUCAGGCAGAAAUCAAUGAUGAUAAUUCCAGUUGAUCAGGAUGGGCGCUGCCUGGGACUAAAUUCUUCUGUAGAGCCACAAGCCUCAAGUUCCCAAAACUCAAUAACGAGAAAGGCAGGUGGAAGAAAAGAAAUUGAGAAAGAGAUGCAGGUCAUAGUAGACAUGAGGGAAUUUAUGAGCAGCCUUCCAAAUGUUCUCCAUCAGAAGGGCAUGCGCAUAAUACCAGUAACCUUGGAAGUUGGGGAUUAUAUUCUCUCACCAUUAAUAUGUGUGGAGAGAAAGAGUAUCCAAGAUCUUUUUAUGAGCUUCACAUCAGGCCGUCUUUACCACCAAGUAGAGACAAUGGUCCGCUAUUAUAGAAUACCUGUUCUCCUGAUUGAGUUUUCACAAGACAAAAGUUUUUCUUUUCAGUCCGCAAGUGAUAUUGGUGAUGAUGUUACGCCAAAUAGUAUUAUAUCUAAGCUGUCAUUACUUGCUCUACAUUUUCCCCGCUUGCGAAUCAUCUGGUCUCGCAGUCUGCAUGCCACUGCUGAAAUAUUUGCUACACUUAAGGCAAAUCAAGAUGAACCUGAUGACACAAAAGCAAUUCGAGUCGGUGUUCCUUCUGAAGAUGGUAUUGUGGAAGAUGAUGUGAGAGCUGAAAACUACAAUACAUCUGCCAUCGAGUUUCUGAGACGUCUCCCGGGCGUGACAGAUUCAAAUUACAGGGCUAUAAUGGAGGGGUGUAAUAGCUUGGCAGAACUUGCCCUUCUUUCUGUAGAAAGGCUAGCCGAACUAAUGGGUGGUCAGAAAGGUGCUAGGACUCUCAGGGAGUUCCUUGAUGCAAAGUAUCCAACCUUGUUAUGAGGCUAAUUAGUGUAAAGUCACACAGAAGUAACACCUGAUUAAUUCAUUUGUUAUUCAUUGGUGCACAUUGCAAUUUUGUAUUUAGGGUUUUAUGAGAUGAAGAAAUAGGUGAUUAAGGCCUCAUCUA